GUUCGUACUGAAAAUGCUCCUAGGAACCCGCUUGACAGGAAGCAGCUAAACAACAACUUGGAAGUUUAAAAAAACAACUUUCCUUUAACUAAACUAAUUUAAAGACUAUAGAAAAAGUUACCAAAAGUAAACCCACAUAGUUAUUUUCUCCCCAUUUUUAAAGCGUAUAUAGCUAAGGGUUCAAAUGUGGAAUUAUUGAUGGAUUCGAGGUAUGAAAUCAAGCGGAUGGCCGGUGGCGGAGGAUCAGCGAAUGCUUCCCCGGCUCUGGGAGCACAGUCUCGCCGCAGGAAGAUGCCGCCGAGGCCCGCUGAUUAUAAACUUCAAAUUAUCAUUAUCGGUUCCCGUGGCGUGGGAAAAACCAGUCUAAUGGAAAGAUUUACAGACGACACCUUCUGUGAAGCAUGCAAAUCAACUGUUGGAGUAGAUUUUAAGAUCAAGACGGUGGAGCUGAGAGGGAAGAAGAUCAGGUUGCAAAUCUGGGAUACAGCAGGUCAGGAGAGGUUCAACAGUAUAACCUCAGCCUACUACCGUGGGGCCAAGGGAAUAGUACUGGUCUAUGACAUCACCAAGCAGGAAACGUUCGAUGACCUUCCCAAGUGGAUGAAGAUGAUCGACAAGUAUGCUUCAGAAGAGGCGGAGCUGCUGCUAGUGGGGAACAAGCUGGACUGUGAGACAGACCGCAUCGUCACUAAACAGACUGCUGAGAGGUUUGUCGCAAGGAUAUCUGGGAUGCGUUUCUGCGAGGCUAGUGCCAAGGAUAACUUUAACGUGGAAGAGUGCUUUCUGAAACUAGUGGACGACAUUCUAGCAAAGAUGCCUCUGGAGAUUCCCAGUAGGGAUCUUUCCAACAGUAUCCUGUCUCUGCAGCCUGAACCAGAUGUUCCUCCUGAGCUCAACCCGCCACGCAUGCGCUGUUGCUGAGACCCUCUACCCCUCCACCAUCCUCCCUCAACCCUGCUGAGACCCUCUACCCCUCCACCAUCCUCCCUCAACCCUGCUGAGACCCUCUACCCCUCCACCAUCCUCCCUUAACCCUGCUGAGACCCUCUACCCCUCCACCAUCCUCCCUUAACCCUGCUGAGACCCUCUACCCCUCCACCAUCCUCCCUCAACCCUGCUGAGACCCUCUACCCCUCCACCAUCCUCCCUUAACCCUGCUGAGACCCUCUACCCCUCCACCAUCCUCCCUUAACCCUGCUGAGACCCUCUACCCCUCCACCAUCCUCCCUCCACCCUGCUGAGACCCUCUACCCCUCCACCAUCCUCCCUCCACCCUGCUGAGACCCUCUACCCCUCCACCAUCCUCCCUUAACCCUGCUGAGACCCUCUACCCCUCCACCAUCCUCCCUCCACACUCCAAAUAUGCAGCAGAACCCUCCUGUCCACCGGAGGGGCAGCAGAACGGAAGCAGCAUCAUUAUGGGGAGACUGAGGGUGCGUCCCAAAUUGCACCAUUCUCUUCAUAGUGCACUUUUGACCAGCCUUUAUAGGGAAUAGGAUGCCAUUUGGGACGGAUGCUCAGGUGUUCCUGCCAGGAGCUUAGACACGUCUGCUGUGAUAGACGUCCUCCCAGUUCUACUUCUGGAGCUGUAUGAUGGUUACACACACACACACACACACACACACACACACACACACACACACACACACACACACACACACCACUAACUAAUUCA